AUGGGCAGCCAAGUACAAUCCGAUCCUGAUCUCCAGUCUUCGUCAAUGAUCAAUGGCACCUCCAAUUGGGUAGUGCAGAAAUUCGGGGGCACCAGUGUCGGAAAAUUUGCUCUGAGCAUUGUUGAUCAAGUUGUCCUUCCGAGCCUCAAAGACAACAAUGUGGCCGUAGUCUGUUCUGCAAGAAGCAGUUCAACUAAAGCCGAAGGUACCACGAACCGGUUGCUCCGAGCGGCUCGCGAUGCCGAGAACGCGCAAUCACUCGAAUAUGUCUCUUUGGUUGAGGCAGUGCGCCUCGAGCAUGUCCAGGUCGUUCAGGACCAAAUCGAAUCGGAGUCUCUAAGAGCUCAAUUGACUACAGAGAUCAAUGGCGAGUGCGAAAAGGUUUUGAAGGUCUUGGAGGCUGCCCAGACUCUCGGCGAGAUCAGUGCGCGGUGCGUGGACAAGGUAAUCAGUACAGGCGAGAAACUUAGCUGCCGACUUAUGGCUGCUUUUCUGCAAGAUCGUGGGGUGGACUCGCAAUAUGUGGAUCUAUCAGAGGUGAUCGAUUUUCCGAUCGGAACCCAAGGUCUAGAUCAAAAUUUCUACAACAAUCUUGCUACUGCCCUUGGUAGGAAGAUAAAGGACUGCGAGGGGAGAGUUCCAGUCGUUACUGGGUUCUUUGGAACCGUGCCAGGGGGCCUUCUUGACCAGAUCGGUCGUGGCUACACAGACCUCUGUGCUGCCCUGGUUGCAGUCGGCACCCAUGCGAAGGAACUGCAAGUGUGGAAGGAGGUUGACGGUAUCUUUACUGCGGACCCUCGCAAAGUGCCCACUGCGCGCUUGCUAUCAGCGAUCACUCCUGCCGAGGCUGCUGAGUUGACGUUCUACGGCUCAGAGGUGAUUCAUCCUUUUACGAUGGAGCAAGUCAUUCGCGCUAGGAUCCCAAUCCGUAUCAAAAACGUUAUGAAUCCGAAGGGAGACGGGACUGUGAUCUUCCCUGACUCCUCAUACGAACUAGAACGGACAACGCCCGGUCAUGACCCAAGACUCUUCCGUACACGAAGCCCUAGUCUUAUGCAGAGACCCAAGCGACCAACAGCUGUGACCAUUAAACACAAGAUACUCGUCAUCAAUGUCCAUUCAAACAAGCGGUCGCUCUCUCACGGAUUCUUUGCUGGAAUUUUCUCCGUUUUGGACCGCUGGCGGCUAUCAAUUGAUCUCAUUUCCACCAGCGAGGUCCAUGUGUCGAUGGCUCUACAUUCGGAGAUACCUCUCCUGAACGGGGUGGGAAGAGACGAGUAUCAAGUCAUUGACGAGGAUUUGAGGGGAGCAUUGAAUGACUUGCAAAAAUAUGGUACCGUUGAUAUUAUCCCCAAAAUGGCCAUCCUUAGUCUGGUUGGAAAGCAGAUGAAGAACAUGAUUGGGGUUGCUGGCCGUAUGUUCACGACGCUUGGCGAAAACAACGUCAAUAUCGAAAUGAUCUCGCAGGGUGCAAGUGAAAUCAACAUCUCAUGUGUCAUUGAAGAAAGAGAUGCAGACCGUGCUCUUAAUAUCAUUCACACUAGCAUGUUCACGUUCUUGGAUUAA